CGUGAUGUGCCGCGAGCUCCUCCUGAGUUGGCUGGAAUUGUUUACGGUCACACUGUUGGAAAGUAGGUCAUGUAAAACCGAAAAGAAGCGAACCGUUUGCCUAGUACUGGUCUUUUUUAUUGUCUAGUAAUAACUCAAAGUCAAGGAACAACGAGCCUGCGGUGUUGUCAGGUUCGUGUGAUGCUAGUGGUCAACAACUGACAGGUGGACUGAUGCUGCUCGUAAAACGUCUGGAUUAAAGACGUGAAUAAUUGGCAAGCUAUUCCACCUGCGAAACUCUGCGGCCGCCAUGUCCAGACGAAGCCGAAACAGUCGCGCCUGGCGAUAUGUGUGGGGUGGGAUACGGCGGGAUGCUGAUGCCCGCGCCCUCGUUUUGGCCUCUGAAACUGAAGACUGGGGCUAUGACCGACUAGAGUACAGUGAUUCGGACUCGGAGGCGGACUUUUCAGCGGUGAUGGUUCCCCCAGUUCCCAGUGCUGUGCCUGUGACAGGAGAGUCCUACUGUGGCUGCGAUUCCCAGGCUGAGACCAGCUACAACCCCCACAUCCGAGCUUUUCACCAGGUUAAGGAUUGUCACUGUGGAGAGGAUGACCAAGAUUUCGACUGGGUGUGGGAUCCCAGCAGCCGAUCAACAGCAACUCUACUGAGCUGCGACAAUCGCAAGGUGAACUUCCACUCUGAAUACAGCUGUGGUACAGCUGCAAUCCGAGGUUCCAAAGAGCUGGCUGACGGACAGCACUUCUGGGAGAUUAAGAUGACGUCUCCCGUGUAUGGAACAGACAUGAUGGUUGGCGUUGGGACUUCCGAUGUCAAUCUGGAUAAAUAUCGGCAUACAUUCUGCAGCCUGCUUGGAAAAGAUGCAGACAGCUGGGGUCUUUCUUACACUGGUUUGUUGCAUCAUAAAGGUGACAAGACCAACUUCUCCUCCCGAUUUGGACAAGGAUCCAUCAUUGGAGUUCAUCUUGACAUGUGGCACGGCACGCUCACUUUCUUCAAAAAUCGAAAGUGUAUAGGCGUUGCAGCCACAGAGCUCCACAAUAAGAGGUUCUAUCCGAUGGCCUGCUCCACUGCAGCCAAGAGCAGCAUGAAGGUGAUCCGGUCCUGCUCGGCGCCCACCUCCCUGCUCUACCUGUGCUGCGCCCGCCUCCGCCAGCUGGUGCCAGACUGUAUAGACACCCUGGAUGUGUUGCCCCUGCCACCAGGCCUGCGUCAGCUGCUCCACAACAAACUGGGCUGGGUCCUCAGCCUGAAUGGCAGCGCCGCAGGAGAAACCCCGGACGGGCUCGAGCAGACGGCCCACCUGCCCGGCGCCCCCUCGGCCGCAGCAUCCCUCUCUGAGAGUGACUCGGAGGGCUGCGCGUCCGAUCCCGAAGCCUGCCAGAGGAAACGAUGCCGCUGGACGUGACUGGACAGCUUGAAUCCUACCUCCUGUUAAACACUGGUAGACAUUUCUGUCCCCACAGCGUCCCGCGUGGGGGUGGCCUACUUGCCUGGAGCUGUUUUCAACACCAGUGUUCUUCAGUAGAAACUAAAUGAGAGGGAAUGGUUAAGCAGAGGGAGCGGCGCGGUGCCGAAAAACUGCCCGUUCCUGCCCGCACAUUCUUACUGUGAUCUUUUCUCAUAUCAUCCAGACAUCGUCACGUCGCCACACAUUCGGCAUCCAAACCAGUAAGGUCACAGGUUCAGAGCAGGCAUUGUCAUCAUAAUAACUAGCAUCAUUCGUUGCCAUGCGUGUUCGAGGGUCAGUGACGUGCAGGGAUGUUAUGUACAGUGUAACACUGACGUCAGGUAAGGCCAAAUUUUGAUGGUCAUCGUGUAAUAUUUGCAAGACGCCGGGGGGGGGGUUCUUUUUUCUGUAUUCUGUAUGCAAUUGACGUGUUGUUCCGAACCCUAAACCUUAUCAGUACGUCACCAAAGUGGUCUGUUAGCCCUUUUAUUAGCGUCUGUAUCCCCCAGUGUGAACCAGUGUUUAUUCUUUACUGAAGCUAACAUUUGAGCCUUCAGAAUUCUACAUGUUACAAGCAGGUGAGACAAACCUGCACGCACUUUUAGGCUUUAAGUCUUCGAAGAACGAGAAAAUGUCCUUUUGUCUGUCACAAAAUCUGAAUACUGUGUAAUUUAGGCCUCUGACUGCUCAGAUUACUGAGCAGCAUUAAUGUUUUGUAGUGUAGCUCUUUUAAUUCCAAUCACAAGAGAAAAGCAUGUCACUCUGACAAUCUUAAGUAACUUUCCAUUGCUGUUACAAUUUAUUGUUUGUUUUUUUUAAGCCUUUUUAACAAGUGACUUUCUAUGCCAAUAGUUUUAUUGUUAAACCUUUUCUACUGAUCUGUUGAUGCAAUGCUUUUUUGUUUAUCCUUCUUUUUUCCUUUUUUUUCCUUUUAACUCUGGAAGACUAAAGGUCUACUCUGAUUCCUUUGCCGUACCAUCAGCAAGCAGAAAAAAGUACUAAAAUAUUCAAAGAAAUUCCGGAAACUAACAGGUCUUAUCCACUCCUCUGUGUUCAGUGUUUAUUCCUAGUAUAUUCAUUUUAAGCAUUCAGUCAUUAUCUCCCAAUAUGGCUGCAGAUGUAAAGAAAAGGUUCGUAAACCCUCUGGAACCCAGAGGACUUGUGAACCUAAAGCUCACAAAAUGUUGUUCGAACUUCAUCAAAGUCUCAUUUUGUUCACUAAUCUUCUCCCUAAUAAAUUAAGGACUCAGCA